AUGGACCUGUGGUUUCAAUCGAUCAUGCACGCCGGCGCGGCGAUGAUACGACGGGAUGCGCGCAGGCCCAGCGUCAGGCGCAGGCGUCCUGUAGAUCGUUUAUUCCUCAUAAUCGACGUUCACUUCCUUGCCAGCGAAUCGGGGCGGGGCAAAUGGCAACGGUAUUCGAUAAGCUCGCUUAAGGCGACGAGGCUACCACUCGUAAAUCCCAUGAAGCUCAUAAACCAUGCCAGCCGGCCAGCCAGCCAGCCAGAUGCUUGGUGGAGCCGGCGACGCCAAACCAGCCAGCAAGACUCUUCGCCGGAGGACAAACAGAAGAAAAUCUUCGGCUAUUAA